AUGGCGGGUACCGGCGAAGAUGGGUGCUUCCGCCAGGGCACGCCUGUGGGACGGCUGGAGCUGAUUAUCGGGCCGAUGUUUGCAGGCAAGACGUCAGCACUCAUUCACCGCGUGUCGCGAUUGCGAGCUGCGAAGCACCGCUGUCUUGUUGUCACACACCGAAGCGACACACGCUACCGCAACGCGGCGAAAGGAAAACAGCAGGACAACGCGGAGGUCUCGCCAUCCUUUGACUGGGAGCUGACGACGCAUUCGCACCACACGCUUUUCACGGCAGAUGUUGCCGUUUCUGCACUGUGGGAACUGAAGCGUUGGGAAGUGUCAGCGAACACAGAAGCUAAUUGCCGCCACGUCGGUUGUGGCCCUGGCGGCAACAACACCACUGCUGAAGAGAGAAGUCGAGAGGACGGCGGUGAUGCGUUGGACUGGCGCGAAUAUGACGUGAUUGCCAUUGACGAGGGGCAGUUUUUUGCAGAUCUUUACAUUUUUUGCACUGCGGCCGUGGCCAUGGGGAAGUGGGUCUUUGUUGCCUCGCUCGACGGCGAUUGUCACCAGCAGCUCUUUGGUGAUGUUUGCCGCCUGAUACCACACUGUGAGGUGGUGGAGAAGCUCUCCGCGAUAUGCAUGAGGUGUCGCACCCGGGAUGCUUUUUUUACACAUCGCCGCGUGGAGGUGGGGGAAGUCGUGGUGGUGGGCGGUGCAGAGCUGUACGAGCCGGUGUGUCGGCAUUGUCUGGCGGAUGUGUCCCCACGGCGGCCAGCUGCGGCAAAGCCUGAGAGCAAUUAG